CCUCAGUCGCUCACUCACUCUCGCGCGCAACCAAACCCCUCUCCCCAUUCUCUUUCGUAUUCUAAUUAUUCUCCUCAAUUCCUUCCUCCUCGCCGCCUAUCGCAGCUCGCCAUCCGAAAAAUGAUUUCUCGUUGCUGCACCAGAAUUCCAAUUGCGUUGUUCUACAAAAAGGAAAGCUCAUUGUUGCUCGAUUUCCGUUAGUUUGUUGCAUUGCUUUGCUUUUUCUCAUCUGAUUGGUCGAUGUAUUGUGGAUUGUUCAAUGUAAAAAAUUCAGCAAUUAAAAUCCCUUUGGCUGCAAUAGACUAUACUGUUCAGAAUAGUAUAUUUACUUUGGCUUCACAUUCAUUGAUUUUGCGGUCUCUUGAAGCUUGUAAACGGUUUACGGGGCAAAGAUUCUCUUCAGGAUAUUUAGUGAUGGGUGGUGCUUCAAAUUCAAAUGAAUGCACCUCUAGUGGCGAGGUGCCAGUUUCCCAUAGAACUUAUCAGGUUAUGGUAGCUGCAACUCAAGAUAUGGGUAUCGGGAAAGAUGGUAAGUUGCCAUGGCGAUUGCCCAGUGAUCUUAAAUUUUUCAAAGAUAUCACCAUGAAUACAUCGGAUCCCGAUAAGAAAAAUGCUGUGAUGAUGGGGAGGAAAACUUGGGAAAGUAUUCCCCCUCAAUUUCGACCUUUGCCUGGUCGGCUCAAUGUUGUGCUGUCACGUUCUGGAAAUUCUGAUGUUGCUGCUGGUUCUGAUAAUGUUAUUGUAUGUGGAAGUGUUUCGUCAGCUUUGAAAUUGUUGGGAGAACCCCCUUAUAGUUUGUCCGUAGAGAAGGUUUUCCUGAUAGGAGGUGGCCAGAUUUUGAGGGAAGCCCUUAAUGCUGAGGAAUGUGAUGCUAUUCACAUAACUGAAAUCAGGAGUCAUUUUGAAUGUGACACAUUUAUACCUCCUAUUGAUAUGUUAGUUUACCAUCCAUGGUACUCAUCCUUCCCCAUUCAGGAGAAUGGGAUCAAUUAUUGUUUUGCGACAUAUGUGCGACUGAAAACUUGUAAUCGCAAUAAUUCAUCACAUUCCAUAAAGCCCAAACUUUCAUAUUUCUCUUUCCUUCCUAAGAUUAUUUUCGAGAAACAUGAAGAGUUUCUCUACUUGAGACUGGUUCAAGAUAUCCUUUCUAAUGGGAACAAAAAGGAUGACCGCACAGGGACUGGCACUCUUUCAAAAUUUGGCUGCCAGAUGCGCUUUAACCUGCGUAAAUCUUUCCCUCUUCUUACAACCAAGAGGGUUUUCUGGCGCGGAGUUGUUGAAGAGCUUUUGUGGUUUAUUAGUGGUUCAACAAAUGCUAAGAUUCUACAAGAGAAAGGGAUACACAUAUGGGAUGGCAAUGCAUCUAGAGAAUACCUCGACAGUAUUGCUUUGACGGACAGGGAAGAGGGAGAUUUGGGACCGGUAUACGGUUUCCAGUGGAGACAUUUUGGUGCUAGAUACACCAAUAUGCACGCGGACUAUACAGGACAAGGGUUUGAUCAGUUGCUAGAUGUGAUUGAUAAGAUAAAGAAUAAACCAGAUGACAGGCGUAUUAUCCUUUCUGCAUGGAAUCCUUCCGAUCUUAAGUUGAUGGCUUUACCCCCUUGCCACAUGUUUAGUCAGUUUUAUGUAGCCAAUGGUGAGCUAUCUUGUCAGAUGUAUCAACGUUCUGCUGAUAUGGGUCUUGGGGUGCCAUUUAACAUUGCAUCCUAUGCUCUGCUGACAUGCAUGCUAGCUCAUGUUUGUGAUCUUGUUCCUGGUGAUUUUGUUCAUGUCAUUGGAGACGCUCAUGUUUACACAACUCAUAUCAGCCCUCUGCAGGACCAACUUAAAAAACAUCCGAGACCUUUCCCAGUUAAGUAUCGCAUUGUGUACUUCUGUUCUAAAUGUCAAUUUAUGUUCGUACAUAUUUUAUUAUAUACAUGUCUUUUUUCUGUUAGUCAUACUCCAAAGAUCCUAGAUGAUGCUACUAGACUUUACUAUUUUGAGUCAUUCUAGAUCUAUUGGUAACCCAUUACAAGAUUAUCAGCAGCCCGCAUUUUUAUGUAAGGAAAUCAAUUCAAAGUGCGACUGUUCUAACUAUUUUUUAAAACCCUGUAGAUGCAUUCAUGCAGUAACUAUUUAUUUCUCACUGCUUUGUAACUUAGUAUUGUGUUGGGUUUCCAUUUGAAAACAGAGAUUGAAGAUCAACCCACAGAAAAAGGACAUUGAUUCAUUUGUUGCAGCUGAUUUUGAGCUUAGAGAUUAUGAGCCGCACCAGAAGAUAGAAAUGAAAAUGGCAGUGUAAAGCAAUAGUUGCAGGUCAUGUUUCUCCAUAGCUCUUAUGAUUGCUGUGUAUUUUGUGGAAUGGAUUUCCUAAUUCCAUCUUCGGUUUGGUAGAUGUUGAUGUGCUUCAUUCACCACUGCUCAUUGUAAUAGAAUGGAACAGAGUAUUGUGUGCGUGUGUUGGCCAAACAGUAUGAGGUUAAUGUCCAAGACCUGAGGUCCUGGGUUCGAGUCCUUCAUCGUGUGUGUGGUCUUUAAAUUUCUUUAUUUAUUUAUGUAAUUUAUCAAAAAAAGAGAAUGGAACAAAGUAUUGGUUUA